AUUCUUUGCUGAAGAAUACAACUCUGCAGCGCGACAUGUGUUAACAAGGUCGCAGCAUCCAAGAUAUGGUUACUCAUUUGCUAUUGUGGGGAUCAACAUCACCCACAUGGCCUACAACCUGCUCCGUUCAGGAGAUGCAAAGAAUCACUUUUAUAAUGCGUGUAAGAGGUUUCCUGAACCACGAGUAUUCCACCAGUUUUACAGCUACCUCUUCUUCUCGUUCGACGACCUCUGGCGUCAGGAAAAGCCUCGCGACAUGAUGGAGUUCUCACGAGUUAGAGACAAGUUCGAAGCUCAAGUGAAACAAAAACUCAAGAACCCAACCACCUUUUUCAAGUGUGAGUUUGUUUUAGAAAACAUUUGAUGUGUGAGAACCAGAUUAUGGUGCCAUAUGAUUAAAGAGGUCAGUAAAAAUCACAUAUUCGUGUGAUGUUACUAAUGGAGGAUUUUUUCUAAGAAGGAAAUUCUGUUAUUAUGGUAUUUUGUUACCUUUCAUAUUUUAGAUAUUCUAGCAUAAAAGUUGACCUGAAAUAUUUCUUUACAUGAAUGAAGAUGGAAGUAAUCCAAUAGUUUUUAAUCCAUUUUUUGUUUUUUUCAUAUUUAGUCACCGUUACUGAAAUAAGGUGUUUAUAAUAAUUGAAAGUGAGAGGGAUGUAAAAGGUUUAGGGAAAACAAGACUGGGGCAAAAUAAAAUUGCAAGACAAAAGUGAGAAUAAUAAGAUAGAAAAUAAUGAUGGAAGGGGGAAUGGAGAAAAAUAUUUGAUGGUAUAUACUUUGAUAUAUAUUUUGGUUACCUGUUCCUCUGUUAUAUUCCAUCGGGUACUGAGACCAAGGAAUAUAAAGAUAAAAAAAAAGAAAAAUGUAGACAUUAUUCACCAGUAUUUCUAAGGUUAUUUGUUUUGUUUUUUGAUUCAUAGUAUCUCUGCACAAACACUUGUGAUAUACUUAUGAGGUUUUAAGGUGUUGUUCUGAAGCACAGAAAAUUACCUAUAUAUGCUUGCGCACAAGUUGGUAAAAUUUGAGUGUAAUUCAGGUUUAGCCAUAUAUCAACAGGAUAAGAUCCCCCCCCCCCACACAAAAAAAACACUAUUGUAUGAAAAAACAACAACAGUAUUUCAUAAAUUAUUCUAUGAUACAUUUUUUUUUUUUUUCUAAAAUAGUAGUCACAAGUGAGUUAUAACACACCUUACCUUAAUGAACCUAGCCUGCCCUAAUCUCUAUGUUAGAUAGACCUACCAAACUUGAGUUUCAGUAGGAAAUAAUUAUUCAGCAUACAAAUCAACCCCUUGUUUUGGAGAUACUUUUAGUUUUCCAAUGUCAACUUAUACGUCAGCAUAUAUGGGAAAAUGAAAACAUUCACUCAUUUAUCAUAAAGGUUGUAAAUAUAGAGCAUAUUUAUUAUAAUCAGAUUGGGUUAAACUUGAAUCUAGAUUAAAUUAAAUGGACAGAAGUAUAUCCUACACUUGUAUCUUGGUAUGAGGACCUUCAUAUACCCAUCAUUUAGAUUGUAAUUUUCCCUUUUUUUAUUUACAGAUUGUUACUCUUAUUGUUACUUUCCUAUUUAUUUUAUUUACCUAUAGUCAUUUGUUCUAUUAUGUAGAUUUCUCAUUAUAAAGAGUUAUAAAGUAAUCAAAGCACACAGUAUUGGGAUAACUGGGAAUGACAAGGGCUAAGGAGAAGAGGCUGAGUGUAGAAGUCUUUUCAGGAAAAAAAGUUGAACAAAAGACAAGAGGAAUGUUAGAUUAAACUUAGCCUUUUUCAUCCAUUUGUUUUAUUACAUAUACGGUUUCUGUAAAAAGAGGAAAAAGUAAAUGCAGGUUCAACUUUUUUUCCCUUGAAUAAAGCAUAGGAACUGCUAUUGGAUAGAAUCUGCACCACAAUAUUAGGUUGUGGAAUCAACAGCAUUGCCAUGCACAGUGAUCACACUUGCUUUCAUCUACGCCACACAGACACGGAAAGCAUUUUUUGCUAUUUAUAACUCUUUCUUCACAUUAAUUUGCUUUACAGAUAGAGAGGACUGAAGUGUAGAUAGCAAAAUCCUGUGACAUCUCAGCAAGGUCUGGGGCAUUAUCAUGAAUAAGACAUUUCAGUACAUAGAUUUUCUAACUUUGCACAUUAGUGUGCCUUUAAAGUUGUAAAUAAGUACAUACUACUAAAAAAUCAUUUCAACAGUCCUUGCACUCAUUAAUUGUUCCAGAAAAUAAAGACAAACACAACAUUAACAAUAUGAUUUUUACACCAUGAUUUCCAUAAUAUCCUUCAGGUAUUUCCUCAUAUCUCCAUAAUAUUGAUUCUUUUAAAUCAUAAUCACCGAUAAAAAAGGAUCUCAGGCUUAAAGUCCAGAUAAAUUAGGGUAUUUAGAUAGAGUAGAGAAAGAGCUAAUUUCCCUAAGCUGACUUUCUCAGCUUUGUCCAUGGUGAGUGUAGCAACAAAGGCCUUAACAUAUUCUGUUUACUGGUGUCUGAACCACUUCACGUAGAAGAGAUGAAUUAUUUCUCUUUAUGAAAAUACAACUUUACUUUUCUUUACACUUUACUCUGUUAAUGUAUCAAAAAAGGCCUAAUUACAUCUGAUCGUUACAUUGACUAUUUCUGAGGUGUGGCAAGGUAGUGACUCCCUUUUCUCUCUUACCUGAGCCAAUUGCCAAUACUUGAGGAUUCAAAGAGUGUGCAGAAGAUCAUGUUAUAGAAUACAUUAUAUUGUUAAUGUAGUUGCACAUGAUGGUGAUGAUGUACACUACUGUAUUUUUAAGAACUAUUUAUUUAUUUAUUAUAUUUUUCCACUGCAGUUAUCUCAGUACAGUACAACCUUAAACAUAAAUAAAUCCUAGAAUAUUAA